AUGUCUGGACCAACCAUCAGGAAACGACAGGCCAACGGUGGCAAGGCAGAACCGGCACCUAACCACGACGCCAAAGUCGCGAUGAAUGGCAAUAGCAAUCCUACUAGCAUUGGGAAUGGUAUUGUUAAGUCUUCGAUUCUCGAAGAUGAUGAAGAGUUUGAGCAAGAGAAUAUCUUCCUCUUCUGGCCAAACAUCAUAGGUGCGGCGAACCAUCCUCUCCUCCCAACACUAACAGUCGCAUUUCUUCCAGGCUACUCGCGAAUCGUCCUCGCCGUCGCCUCUUUUUACUACAUGCCGUUACAUCCGCGCACCUGCCAGGCGCUCUAUAGCGUCUCCUGUCUUCUUGAUGCUUUGGACGGUUACGCCGCACGCUAUUUCGAUCAGUCGACGCGCUUCGGUGCUGUGCUCGACAUGGUCACGGACCGAUGCACUACUGCCUGUCUCUUAAUCUUCCUAUCGUCGGCCUUUCCACGAUGGGCUAUCAUCUUCCAGGGUCUCAUCUCUCUCGAUCUGGCCAGUCAUUACAUCCACAUGUACGCCACGUUGGCAAUGGGUGGUGGUGAAACCAGCCACAAGAAUGUCGACAAGUCGCGGAGCCGGCUUCUCAACCUCUAUUACACCAACAAGACUGUUCUCUUCUUAUUCUGUUGCCUCAACGAGACUUUCUUCAUGGCCCUGUAUCUCCUUUCUUUCUCCAGCCCAUUCCUUUCCCCAAGCCUUCUCCACAGUGUCCCCGGCUCGGCCGCCGAGGCCAUCCACCACGGCGCUCAGGUCAACUCGUCGCUGCUGAGGCAGAUCUUCACCAACCCGUACAGUGCCGGGGCGUUGGAACUCGCCCGAGUCAACAAAAUGGAUAGUUUCUGGCCAUGGGUCAUUGCCGGUGUCAGCUUUCCCAUCAUGGCUGCCAAGCAGUUUAUCAACGUGGUUCAGUUGGUCAAGGCCUGCAGAUGGCUAGCAGAAGGGGAUGUCCAGACGCGCAGGGAGAAAGGACUCACUCCAAGGAAGAAGAAGAAGACGACGACAACGACGAAGAGGACGACGUGA